AUGUUGUCCAGAAGUAUCAGAACGGGGUUCCAAGCCAUCCGUCCGCUCUCCACCCGCAGCGUGUUGUUGCAGAACGUCGCCCUCAAAAACGGAGUCAACGAAGUUUCAGAGCACAAUGAAACCGCCAAAGAAAUAGUCUCGGGAGCACCAAAAGACUUGGUGACAUCCAGAGUGGUCAGAAUUUAUAAGGAAUCCAAGCCAGCCACACAAUCAAGCAACCACAACGGACACCACUGGAAAUUGGACUGGGACGUCUUAGGAAAGGGUAACAGAUGGGAAAACGACUUGAUGGGUUACCAAGGGUCUGCCGAUUACAUGCAAGGUACCAUCAUGAAAUUCGACACCAAGGAGGCAGCCAUCAGAUUUGCACAGGGACAAGGAUGGGAUCACUACGUGCAAGAGCCCAACAAGAAGCAUUUCAGAAAGAAGGAAUAUGCCAACAACUUUUUGCAUUCCCCAGGGCCAUUGAAGCAUAUCAGAACCAAGUGA